GAGAUACAUAUAGUAAGGAUUAAAAUCAUAGUUCCAGUGAGAUGUCUCAGUGUUUAAUUGUGUUUAGACGAUCUGGGAAGAUCGAAUAUCAAACCAAUAAUAAAGUUAGUCCAUUUAAUGAAUUUAUUAUUAGUAUAGUUAAUGAAACUCAUUUAGAAUUAGAUAAGAAUUUUUAUACUAAUAGUUUGCAUCAAAGAAGAUUUUAUGGAUAUCAUAAAGAAGAUUUAUAUGUAGCAUUAUAUUUUGAUUCAGUAACGACAAUUGAUAGUGAAAAAGUUAAAAGUACAUUAAUUGGAAUAAUCAAAACAUUUAAUAAAUUAUAUGAAGAUAAUGAACAAGUUCAAGUUGAUGAAAAAUUAAAGAAAUUAGUUGAUCUACAAUUAAAUCAACUUCUUAAAUAUAAACAAAUUGAACCAAAGGAAUCUCCAAUUAGUAGUGUUAAUAAUAGUGGAACUAGUACUCCAAUAAAGAAUAGGAAUUCUAAUAAAGGAUCUAAAAAAAUGAGAAAAUGGGAUGGAGAUACUAUGGUAGAUAAUGUUGAAGAUAAAGUUCUUGAUUAUUCUGAAUUUAGAGAUGAUAGUGCUCAACCAGAAGAUCUUGAACCAUUAAAAAUUGAUGAUUCAGCAUUUAUUCAUCAAAAUGAUAUAGUUCUUGUUAAUGAAUUAAAUGAUAUACUUAAUGAUUCUGAUAAUUCAGAUGAUGAAGAUAAUGAUGAACCUUCAGGAAAAGUUAGUGGAUUCUUUGGGAAAUUAUCAUCUUAUUUAGGUGGAUCAAUUAAUGUUGAAGAAAUUUCUAAAAAAUUUAAUGAUCAAUUAAUUUCUAAGAAUAUUCAUCCUGCUACGGCAAAGACCAUUAUAGAAAAGAUUCAAAAUCAAGUAGGUAAUAAGAAUGUUACAUUAAAUAGUUAUAAACAAGCAUUAACUGAUGAAUUAACUAAAAUCUUAACUCCUAAUGUAUCAACAGAUUUAUUAUAUGAUAUAAAACGUAAUACAAAUAAUGAAAGACCAUAUGUUAUAUCAGUUGUUGGAGUUAAUGGAGUUGGUAAAUCAACUAAUUUAGCUAAAUUAGCUUAUUGGUUUUUACAAAAUAAUUUAAAUGUCUUAAUUUGUGCUUGUGAUACUUUUAGAUCAGGAGCUGUUGAACAAUUAAAAGUUCAUGUUAAUAAUUUAAAGAGAUUAAAUAGUCAAUCAUCUACAACAACCACUAAGAUUGAUAUUUUUGAAAAGGGGUAUGGAAGUGGAGAUCAUGUAGUUCAAACUGCCAAGGGAGCUAUUCAACUUGCAACUCAAGAAAAAUAUGAUAUAGUUCUUAUUGAUACAGCUGGUAGAACACAUUCUAAUUCUAAACUUAUGGCUCCACUUAAGAAAUUUGGUGAUGCAGCUAAUCCUGAUAGAAUUAUUAUGGUAGGUGAAGCAUUAGUUGGUACAGAUUCAGUUGAACAAGCAAUUAAUUUUAAUAAUGCCUUUGGUAAUAAGAGAGGAUUAGAUUUCUUUAUAAUUUCUAAAGUUGAUACUGUAGGAGAUUUAGUUGGAGCUAUGAUAAAUAUGGUUAUGGCUACAAAAGUUCCUAUAUUAUUUGUAGGUACAGGACAAACGUAUACUGAUAUUAAGAGAUUGAGUGUUAAGAGAGUAGUUGAUAUGUUAAUGAAGUAGUUAAUAUAGUAAUAAUAUAAUGAUAU